CUUUAUUCAGUUAACAACAAGCCCUUCCUACCACAUCCAGAAUGUUCACCAAAUUGAUCUGCAUCGCCGCAUUGGCCAUCUCGUGUGUCUGUGCUAAACCUGGACUCGCUCCGUUGGCCUAUUCCGCUCCGGUUGUAGCGGCGGCGGCACCAGCUUUCGUGACGGCUCAGAGCUCGCAGGUAGUGGCUCGUAAUUACAAUGGAAUCGCUCCUCUGGCAUAUACUGCCGCAGUCGCAGCUCCAUUGGCCUACUCGGCACCCAUUGCCAAAGUUGCGGCUCCACUGGCCUACUCAGCUCCCAUUGCUGCUGCUGCAGCUGCUCCUUUGGCCUACACGGCGGCUCCCGUAGCACGUGCUAUUGCAUCUCCCUAUGCCGCUUAUGCUGCCGCCCCGUAUGCUGCACCAUAUGCUGCUGCAUAUGCCGCUCCAUACGCCGCUGCUUACUCUGCACCGGCGCUAUCCGCUUACCAAGCGUACAACCCGUAUCUGCUGUAAGUUGGAAAUAUCAUGAAGACUCAAAGCACGCCAGUGUUGA